UCCGGUUAUGUCGGAACAGUUAAAAGGCUAGUUUUUUCCCAAGGGAAGUUGCCUAGUGUUUUUCCAGGGUUUGCCGUCCACACGCUGCUACUUAUUUUUGCGGUUUCCAGUUUAGGGAAGUAAUUGACAUUUUUGGCACAUGCUUUCUUAAUGCCGUGGGAUCACCAGAGGUUGUUGGGGUGUUUUUCGGGAGCGACUGGUCAUGCACGGCGGCGGGGAGCAAGCCCACGAGGCGACCAGCGUGGCGCCUGAGGACGACAUGAAGGAGGGGGACCUGGGAGACGGGCUGGGGAGGAAGCCCGGGGGUCUGGAGGCCCCGAAACCACUGCCCCACACGGGGCUUCUGAAGCGGGCCGGAGGGAACGGGAGCGUGGCCUUCUCCUGGAAGUCAUGCAGAGCCCUGUACAGCUCCUUCCAUCAGGAGCUGGAGGCGGGGAGGCCUCACACUUCCUGGAGGCUGAGUGGCGCAGAAUCCCUCAGUGAUCUCUCGUGUGAAGAGCUGAGGCAGAGACUGCAGGAGGUCUCAGAGGAGGUGGAGCUUCUGCGCUGUGAGCUGGAGGCCACCCAGCGCCACCUAGAGGGCAAACAUGAAGCACUGAAGAUCCUGCAGGGCCGGGCCAUGUUCGACAAAGCCACCACUCACACCAAAACGCUGCUGCAGAAGAGCGAGGAGAGGAACAAGGCCUUGGAGAAGGUGACCGGCCAACCCUCUUGCGCUGCUGAGCUUUGGGAAUUGAGCGCAAUGCAGUGGGAGAUCACGUUCAACCAGGUGCAGUUCAAGAACCUCGAGCGGUCCUGGAAGGAGAAGUACGACAGGAUGUGCAGUGAGAACAAGGCUUUGAGUGACUCCGUGGAGGACAGACUGAGAGAGCUGCAGGAACUGAAGUCGCAAAACGCCUCUCUUAGUCAGCAGUGUCUGGAGCUGGUGUCCAUGCUCAGUGUCCAGGAGAAGAAGGCCUUCCAGGGCUCCCUGCCCCCCCACAGCACCCUGGCCAGAGACACCACUGCUCUGGAGCUGGCAGUGUUGGGGGCGUGCCACUGCAGCAGUGCCAGUGUGAGAUCCCAGUGCCCCUGUUCCUGUGCCAGGACGGCAGCAGCCAGCCGCAAGCAGGUCCUGCAGCUCAAACAGGAGCUGGAGGUGCAGAGGAGGAGGAAGGAGGAGGCGUUGACAAUGGCGGACGCGUUUCGGAUCGCCUUCGAGCAGCAGCUGAAGAGGAAGAGCGACCAUGUCAUGAGAUUCGCCGAGGCGGAGGGCUACCUGCGGAAGGAUACUCCCCCCACCAGGAGGGAAGAAGUAGUGAAGGGGCGCUCAGUCAGCAGGGCUCAGAAACUGAAAGGCAUGCUACAGAGCUGUGCCGAGGUCAAGAUGUCCGAUGACCCGGCGGAGAUGCUGCGUAACCUGCUGGACCUGCUGAAUGAUAAGGAGGAGGCCCUGGCACACCAGAGGAAGGUGAGCUACAUGCUGGCCCGCCACUCGGAGGACCUGGAGAGCCGUCUGCUCCAGCUGAGGGGGCAGGAGUGUGAGGAGAGCGGCCGGGGAACGGAGCGCGAAGGCUGGGACAGCAGAGGUUCAGGCCGCCCCUUCCCAAAACACUCUGGUGCUCAAGGGAACAUUUCUGCAGGCUUGGGCAGCUGCUGCCCAAAACCCUCUGAGACUCCAGGGAGCUUGUCCACAGACAGCCCUGCAGCAAAACCUUCAGAAACGCAGAGGAGUGCUUCUUUUGACUUAGACAGGCCUUCACCAAAACCCUCUGUGAUUCAAAGGAGUGCUUCUUUUGACUUAAACAGGACUUCACCAAAACCGCCUGAGACUCAAAGGAGUGCUUCCAUAGGAUUAGACAGCCCUUCCCCCAAACACUCAGAGACUGAAGUGAGACCUUCUAUUGACGUAGACCGCCCUGCACCAGAACGCUCAGAGACUCAUGGGGGCAGUAUAGAGUACUUGGACACUCUGGUGCAUCGCCUGAUAACCGUAAAGUCAUCCAGGGAGACUCCACUCGCUGUCGCGAGCCAGGGCGAUGGUGGGUUUGGGGAUGGGGAGCAACAGAAAGCAGAGGAGGAAGAACAGAGGAGAGAACCAGGAUGAAAAAGAGUCUGUUUUUACCUCUGUGUGCGAGGGGAGACUGUUCUGCCUCUCUCUGAGCUCUGAGCGCAGAGCCCAGAAUAUGUUGCAGUGGAUACAGUGCGAGACAUCACCAGAAGAUCACAGAAUGUGAAUCGACACCGCCCCUGAGCUCGCCCUGGAAGGGGUCGGACCACUAAGCAGCCAUGUUGUCCCCAUACAAUCCACACUGCCAUGAAGCACUGUGUUUAUUUUUAUGGGCACACUUUGUUGUCAGUGGUGUCAUUUCGGUUGCUCUUGUGUUGUUUUUAUCAUAUGCUGUAUGCAUUUUUAAAACCAGGAUUCAUAUACCCAUUUCAUGUUGGCCACGUUGAGCUUUCACAUUGUUUGCGGACCGUUUGUUCGAUACUGUUUUGUUGGUCAAUAUCUCCUUUGGUAGCUCAGUCUACUCAGUCUCUUCCUUUUUGUAAUAUGGAUUUCAACGUGUAACUCCUGCCAGCUGGACUGAAAUUAAACUCUAAACUAAUUGUGCUUUUGGCAGUAACAAAAUACCGGGGAACAAAAAACAACUUUCUCCAGACUCCUUGGCUAUGAUGCUCUUAAAUGCAAAAUGGUGUGAGCACUGUUUUUUUUUUGUUUUUUUUUUAUUGACAGGAGGUAACAAUUAGGAGGAUUGUGCCAAAAG